CAUGAUUGCAUUUGCAACUGAAUGGAAGCCUCUUGUUAUGUAUGCAUGCUGUGUGGAGGAAAGUUUUAUAAAGGUGAUGGCUGAAUACCUGGCACCAUAAAACCCAAAAUAAUGCAUGGCUUGAUAGUACUACGGAGCUCCUAGUCUCGGCCUUGAGGGGGCACCAGCAUGAGUCAGGAGUUGCUGGAGUCUGACAGAGACUCUGCUCAGGAUGCGUCUGACUUUAACUGGGAUGACUACCUGGAGGAGACUGGAGCCGUGUCCGUGCCCCAUCACGCCUUCAAACAUGUGGACCAGGGCCUGCAGACUGGACUGACUCCAGGCAUGAAGCUGGAGGUGUGUGUGCGCUCAGAGGCCGACAGUCCUUACUGGGUGGCCAACAUCAUCACCACAUGUGGCCAGCUGCUGCUGCUACGCUACGAGGGAUUCCAGGACGACCGGCGUGCCGACUUCUGGUGCGACUUAAUGACGGCUGACCUCCACCCACUGGGUUGGAGCCGCCAGCAUGGGAAGACAAUGAGAGCACCCGAGGGUGUGCGUGAGAAGCACCAGGACUGGGAGGCUCUGCUGGAAAAGGCACUGGCCGAGGAGGGCAGCGCUCCUGCCAACCUGCUGGCAUUGUCCCAGCGUGGUAGAGACCCGGUGGAGCUCCUGUCUGCCGGCUGCUACGUGGAGCUCCAGGACAGCGUUGAUCCGGGGCUUGCCUGGGCUGCUGAGGUGGAGGAGAACGUCGGAGGAAGGCUGAAGCUGCGCCUGGUAGGCACAGAGGGCCUACCAGACACGCCCGCAACCCUCUGGCUCUUUUACCUCCACCCAUGCCUCCACCCACCAGGCUGGGCCAAAGAGCACGGUUGCACCCUCAGGCCUCCCUCAGACCUGUUGGCCUUGCGCACUGAGACAGAGUGGGAGGAGGUGAGACAGAGGAUCAGUGACCUUCCUCAGGAUGAAGCUCUGACUGCAGAGUUCAAUAAGGAUCAGCCUGCCAUCGCUGCUCAUUGUUUCAAAGAAGGAAUGAAACUGGAGGCUGUUGACCCUGCGGCUCCUAUUUCCAUCAGGCCUGCCACUGUCACCAAGGUGUUCAGUGAGCAGUACUUCCUUGUGAAGAUGGACGACCUUUGUGGUAUUGAGGAGUCAGAGGGUGCUGGGAGGUCCUUUCUGUGUCACAGAGACAGUCCAGGGAUCUUCCCUACUCAGUGGAGCCUCAAAAAUGGACUAACUCUCAGCCCUCCACCAGGAUACCAGGGUGCGGACUUUGACUGGGCAGAUUACCUGAAACAGUGUGAAGCUGAGGCAGCUCCUCAACAUUGCUUCCCAACUGAGCAGUGUGACCACAGCUUCAAAGAGGCCAUGAAACUGGAGGCUAUCAACCUGCUGUCCCCUGAAAACAUUCACGUGGCAACUGUCACCAGGGUCAAAGGGCAGUACAUUUGGCUCAACCUGGAAGGCCUGAAGCAGCCCAUGCCAGAACUGAUAGUUCAUGUGGACUCCCUCGACAUCUUCCCCGUCAGCUGGUGCGAGACAAACGGCUAUCCACUCAUCUACCCAAUUAAACCCUCAGUUGAAAAAGAGAGGAAGAUUGCUGUGGUGCAGCCUGAGAAACACCGAAUUCCACCGAAGUCAUCAUCGUCACCUGACAGUAUAAAGCAGCAGAUGGCCAACCAGUCAGAGACAGGGCAGGGCAACGGGAAAUACUGCUCUCCCAAGAUUUACUUCAACCACCGCUGUUUCUCUGGGCCUUACCUUAACAAGGGACGCAUUGCAGAACUUCCUCAGCUCAUUGGUCCUGGAAACUGUGUCCUCGUGCUCAAAGAGGUUUUGAGUCUGCUGAUAAACUCUGCAUACAAGCCCAGCCGUGUGCUGAGGGAGCUGCAGCUGGACCAGGAGAGCCGCUGGCAAGGCCAUGGAGAAACACUCAAAGCCAAGUACAAGGGAAAGAGUUACCGGGCCACUGUGGAAAUAGUCCGCACUGCAGACCGUGUGGCAGACUUCUGCAGAAAAACUUGCAUCAAGCUAGAGUGCUGCCCGAACCUGUUUGGACCUCGCAUGGUUCUGGAGCACUGCUCGGAGAACUGCUCUGUCCUCACCAAGACCAAAUACACAUAUUACUAUGGGAAAAAGAAGAGUAAACGCGUUGGCCGUCCACCCGGGGGCCACUCCAACCUGGAGAGUGGAGUGAAGCGAAGAGGGAGGAGGAGGAAGAGGAGGAAGCAGCUCUUUGUCCACAAGAAGAGACGCUCCUCAGCCUCAGUGGACAACACGCCUGCUGGGUCUCCACAGGGCAGUGGAGAGGAAGAAGAUCUGGAUGAAGAUGACUCCCUGAGUGACUCUGGCUCUGAGCUGCAGGACGAUCUCCAGGAUGAUUCUGAACAAUCGUUUGGGAAGUCUCAGCCCACCACGCCGUCCCCCUCCCCACCAGCAACACCCAGGCCCACCCGCCGACGCCGGAAACCUCGCUCACCCUCAUUCUCGGAUGAUGAAAACCGACCUCCUUCACCAAAGACCUCAAAGGUUGAGCCUCCUCAGAAGCUGUGUUUGGACACCAGCCCCCUGGAGUGGAGCGUUACUGAUGUGGUUCGCUUCAUCAGGACCACUGACUGUGCACCUCUUGCACGGAUUUUCUUGGAUCAGGAGAUUGACGGACAGGCACUGCUACUGCUGAACCUCCCAACAGUGCAGGAGUGUAUGGACCUGAAGCUGGGACCAGCCAUCAAGCUGUGCCACCACAUUGAGAGGGUCAAGCUGGCUUUUUAUCAGCAGUUUGCAACGUAGCUGACGGGGAAUGAACAUGGACGUGACUACAUACAGUUCUGUGUAUUAAUUCUGUGAAAAACACUGAAUUUUCCAAUUCUUACUUUUUCAACACUGAACAUCCUUCAAUUUUCAAAAAGAAUCCUGAAUAUACCACAUUUUGUCCUAAAAGCUUGGACAUGAGGUAAACGAAGCAACAUCUUCUGAUCAUUGGAAAAAAGAACAAAGAAGAAGAGCUACAAGGGUCCAAAACUCAUUAGGAAAGACACAGGGGCGGACUGAAAGACAGAAGAACUGAAGACACUUUGAUAUCAUAAAUAAGUAUAGAAGCCUUUAUUGACAUGAGCACGUUUUACAAAAAACAAACACAAGAAAAGCCAGCCACCAUCAAGGACUUAGUUCCAAGUUUUUAGCUAUGUCCUAAUAAAGGCUUCUUAAUUUAUUGUGUCUUCAGAGUGUCUCGGAUUCUCCUCUUUUAUUUCCUUUUUAUUUAUGCGGAUGAAUGACUACCAGUGCUACAACUCUCUCUGUCCAUUCCAGCCUGUCCUUAAAUGGAAUACCACUGAAUCACAGCUUUUACUUGUCAUACUAAGGCCUAAAAUAUUUGCUGUCUGCUAGUUAACACUUGCUAAUGUCUGCCGGAGUCAGAAAUCAGGUGGUCUUGCCUCAUGAUCUGGUGAUUUCCUACUGAAGUCUGAUUUUGUUGAAAAGAUGCUCAACAUUUUUGAUGCGGAUGAGGCUGAACGCAGUAUAUGACAGCCCACUUAUGUUGAAGCACUUGAAAACAAACAUUGUUUUUUUUACAGAAUCCAAGCUGUAUCUUGGAGCCUCUGUUUUAUGCGUUCUAGUUUUUAAGAGACUUGUUUGUAUCCUUAUAUCUAUUCUAUGUUUGGACCAUUAAUUUAGCAAUCAAAAUAACUGUUUGCACACUGAUAAAACUACAAGUUGCAGAGAAUACAGUUAGCAAGUUUCUUGAAAGGAGGUCGUAUUCUAUUAGAUCAAUUCAAAGUAGUUUGGGAAGAACAGUGUUAGUGUCCUGUUGCAAGGUGAGGAAUUUGAUUUUAGUGUGAACAGCAGGCAUGUAUACUGUACUAACAUCAUUCGCAAAUGUUAUCGACCUGAAUUAAGAUACACUCUGGUCAACAACAGAUAUAAAUGGGGCCUUCAUCUCAAGAGAUCAAAUUGCUUUUUUGUUCAAGCUUCUACAGUAUGUAAGAGCAGUUUACAUUGUAAGGACUCCAAUGCAAGCACAAGCAAAACCAUGUACUGUAUGGUUGUAUGCAAAUAUGAAUGCAUGUUUGUAUAUAGUGUAUAUAGUGAAAUAUCUUCUAGUGCAACAGGGUGAUUAGAAAAAAAAUUACAUAACUACGGAGCAGUUCACUUUCUGCAUAAGCAAUGUGUAAAUCCCCUAAAUAUAGGCUACAGUAUAUUUGCACAGAAUACGCCGGAACUUUCUUGUACGGGGUGUAUUAUUAAAACUAAUCCAGCAACAGUUGAUUAGAGCUAUUUCAUUUUUAAUAAUUACUUUAAUGAUAAAUGGGCAGUUUUAAAGCAAGACGAUAUUGUCAAACUGCUGCUGUAAAUCAGUUUCAUCCUCUUUUUACCUGUUCUUGUGGUGUGAUUUAAUGUAAUGUGCUUCAUUAUUUUGUGAAGAAAAACCUUUGUAGUUUCUUUGUUCACCGACUUGCUUGUGGAGCAGCUUUUUAUUCAUAUUUGAAAAUUAUAACAGCUAUUUAAAAGAGAAGACUGCAAUUAAAACUGUGAACAACCAA